CCCCCCCCCCCCCCGGGCGAGAGUCACAUGACCUUGAGUUCCCUCGAUGGUCGUCUCGUGACUCGCCUCCUCUCGUGCCACACAUAUAUAUGGUGAUUCUGAAGGAGCGGCGCCUCACCCAUGGACAUGAUACAGACGGCGCUCGACACAAGUGGGGACAAGGACUGCGAGUGUGAGGACGACAAGGUUGCUCUCACGCAGCGCCUGGCCAUCGUGGAGGAAGACGGAGCCGUCCGCGAUAGCUCGUCCCCGAUUCUCGCCCAGUCUGGCUUCACCCUUCGCUCUGAUUCGGAGCACAGCGGAGCUGUGGCAUAUCGGGUGGUACAGUUCGGCACAGAUGGUGGCGUCGACGCGAUACCCCAAGGUGCAGUCCAGAACACAGUACCCAACUUGUUAACGGCCACGCAAAUGAACGGCUCUCCUAGUGACAACUCUGAGACCCGCUUAGCCCUGAUCACCUCGGGAGAUGUCCCAACUGACGGCAAUAGUGCGGUUGUGGUUUCAGGAGGACAAUUUUAUGUCAUCAGCGAUGUUCUCACCAACACCGCGCCUCGCAGCCUCACUCCGAGAACAAGCGAGAGCAUGAUGAGCCAGCGUCUGACUGGGACCACCAGGGAGGAGAAGCGGAGAGUCACACAUAAUGAGGUUGAGCGCAGAAGACGGGACAAGAUUAACAACUGGAUCUGCCGCCUAGCCAAGAUCAUCCCCGACUGCCCCGAUGCACACCCCAAGAGUGCACAGAGCAAAGGUGGCAUCCUGGCCAAGGCGUGUGACUACAUAUCUGAGCUGAGACUGCAGAAUGAGCAGCUGAUGGAGCGGCUGAAGGAGGUGCAGCGGCGAGACAUGGACUUUGAGUUGCUCAAGCAGGAGGUGGAGGUGCUCAAGAACGAGAAUGCAGCGUUGAAGAACGAGAAUGCGCUGGUGCGGUCUCAGCUGCAGCAGCAAGGCCUCCUGGCCGAGCUGCCCCCAUAACUCAGGCAAACCGCAAGGCAUGGCCAGUGGACUCGCGCCUGCAAGCACUCUGGUGGCUCCUUUGUGGAUAGAUAAUUUAUAUACAUAUAAAAAAAAAAAAAAGUAAUAAAAAAAUGAGAUAUUUGUAAAUUGUGAUACGAAAAUUAUAUUUACGUGAAAAGCCUGA